AUGGCACAGGACCAAAAAAUUGUCUCCAGGGCUGCUCUGUUCGAUGAAAUUGAUGAACACAGCGGUGGUGAAGCACCUGUGACUGAACCGGACUUUGAAUUCGUGGAGGUCGGUGUAACUGACGCAGUGGAGGAUUCUGUGAACCCGGAGUUCGAGCUGUUCCCGCUGUUCUCCGCGGGGGGGGUCACUCGCGUCGAGUUGGGUGGUUCCGAAGAGGAGGAGGUCGAUGUGCGACCCGUGCGAAACGAGGGUUAUUACUUUGCUGAGCGCACGGAGGAGGUGCGAGAAAGGGCGCUCGCGGCGGCGGUGUCGUUUGAGCAGGUAUUGGGGGUCCAGACAGCUGUGACGACCCAGCGGCGGGUCCUCGAUGUUAGUGUAUACAACUUGGGUGUUGAACACGAGCUCAGAGACGCAGAGAGGAGGAGGCGAAGGAAACCGGGGAAAAGACAGCGGGAUGCGAGGAGGGAUGGGGCACGCAGGGUUCUGGAGAGGGAGGAACAGAGGCUGAUGGUCAAGAAACUAAUUAAGAAGACGUUCAAGCGGAGAGGGGGCAAGAAACACAAGAAACGGGCAGCCACGGUGGGCGAGGCACCUGCCACCUCGAUACCGACCAUUGCUCAUUGA